GCAGCGGUACUACCGCGUGUUUGUUAUGCCGGCCAAACAAAACUUGGCGCUCGCCAGCCGUCAUGGUAGUAGCCAAGAAACAGCGACGCGCUCCAAAACAAUUCAUUAUCCCCACCCCCACCACUUUUUUCUGACAAAAAACUUAUCGCCAUAUAUCGUUUAUAUUAUAUAAAUUUCCUGGUUCUGUUACAACUUUUUUUGUUAAUCGUCCACAAGCCUCGGAUAAAACUUUCGACGAUUUUUUUUGGAUUAGUGUUAGUUUUUUUUAAUUUUUUUAAUUGUGUCUUCUUUUAUUAUUGUGUUAUUAGAUCAACAAAUAAACAUGCUGAAAAAAUUGGAAAAAUUUUGGGAGUUCGGUAUAGGUCGAAUGGCUUUAGCUGCAUUUUGUGCCCAUUCCGUGUCAAUAUCCAUAGGAAUGUGCCAGGGAUAUAGUGCAGUGUGGAUACCACAGCUUGAAAGUUUGAAUGAAUUUGGAAUUACCUCUACACAAAGCAGCUGGCUAGCAAGUUUGGGAGCAAUAACGAAUCCAAUAGGAAGCAUACUAUCAGGAGUUCUUGCUGAAUGGUUAGGAAGAAAAAGAUCCAUCCAAAUCAGCAGCAUCCCCUUCAUAAUAGGAUGGGUCCUUAUAGGUUUAGGAAGAAAUAUAGCAUGGCUCUACGCUGGUAGACUUAUCACGGGAAUAGCUGCAGGAAUGUCUACAGCUUCCUAUACCUACGUCGGUGAAAUAACUACUCCAACCACAAGAGGGUUCUUGCAAACCUUAGGGCCUAUUUGUGCCAGUUUUGGUAUACUUUUAACUUACGUAUUAGGUUAUGUUUUGCACUGGACUACGGUAGCUUUAAUUAGUACAGCAUUUGCCGUGUUUUCUAUGAUUACUAUGCAAGCAAUGCCAGAGAGUCCAGCACAUUUGGUUAAAAUAAGUGGAGGAAACAUCAAUGAAAAAUCUGACGCUUACAAAGCAUAUUUCUUCUUCAGCAGAAAUAUUGUAGUAGCUCAGCAAGAGAUUCAAAAAGCUUCUGAAGCUAACAACAACGAGAAACAACCGCAGAAAUCCUUGAAGGAAUUGUACCUCAGCCCAGAAACGACCCGUCCAUUUUGCCUUCUAGUCACAUUGUUCCUUCUGCAAGAAUUGAGCGGAAUCUACACCAUCCUCUACUAUGCCGUCCAAUUCUUCGCCGAAACCAACUUACAAAUCGACGACUACGUUUCGAGCAUCACCGUCGGCACCAUCAGGUUCGCCAUGUCCAUAGUCUGUGCCUUCUUGAUCAACAAACUCGGAAGAAAAACCCUCUGUACAUUCUCCAGUUUCGGAAUGACUCUUUCCGUGCUGAUAUUAGGACUCUACGUGAAAUAUUACGAAAUCUAUCCAGACCAGGAUAAAAUUCUGAAAAUGUUACCUCUGUUUUGUGUCAUAUUCAACGUGCUGUUUUCGAUGGUCGGUAUGUUACCUAUUCCAUGGAUUCUCUGUGGAGAACUGUUUCCUCUAAGGGUACGACCUAUAAUGGCUGGCGUGGUCAUUUGCAUGGCUCAAACCUUUAUAUUUAUCUGUGUUAAAAUCUACUACAACAUGGUAGAUUUCUUAGGAUUUAGUGGUACUAUUUUUACAUUCUUCGUCGCCUCAACACUGUCCAUGUUUUUCUGUAAGUACGUUCUUCCAGAGACCAGAAAUAAAAGCUUGGAAGAAAUUGAGGCCUACUUUAGGGGCAGCAAAAAACAAAAAGAUAAUCUCAGGGAUAAUGACGGUGUUGAGAAUAGGGGGUUCGAUAUACAAUCUGAAGAGAUUUCAGUAGUUACCAGAUAAGAGUAAAAAUACAUGCACUGAGAAAUUAUUUCAAGACUAAAUAAAUAUUUAUAUUUUUGAACAAAUAUUAAUCGACGGUAUAAUAAUGACCUUUUGAUAGUAAUGUGAUGUUUGCUUAGAGUAGUGUACUUUGACAUAAACAGGGUUCCUUAUAUAUUUGUUUUAGAAUAUGUUGUAUCUAUGUUUAGAUAUAUAUUUGAUGAUAGUGGAUGUUGAAACAAUACUCGAUUGCGCCAAAAAAUCAGUAAUUUAACUUGUAAAUAUUCCUUUAAGUUUAGAUAGGCAACACAAAAUGCAGAUCGGAGUGGUAUAAUUUAAAAUAAUACUUCUUCUUGUUUUCUAAUGGCUCCUCUACGAGAUAGUUGCCAGAAAAGAAUAUAUUUUCGUCGCACCAGCGUUACCAUAUAUUACAGUAGUGACAGGUACCUGUCAUUUUAAUUGAAAUGUAGAUUGUUUCUUCUGUCAUUUUUUAAAUGUCAUCGAUCAAAGAUACAUAACGUCUGUCUUGCGUCCAGCUCCAACGAGAAAAUACUUGCCAAUGCCGUUUUAAUUGACAUUUAUCCUAACUCUUUGGACAAAAUUUAUAUUAUCACUACAUAGACUAUUAAGCUGUCAUUUCUUAUUGAUUGCACACAAAGUUUUAAAAAUGACUUAUAUUUUGUUUUCUCAUUCUAUAUGAAAAUUAAGAAAAUAAUAUUCUUCAUACGAAAAUUAACUGAUCUCGUAAAUAUUAAUAUCUAUGGCGGUGAAAAAUAUAUAUUGAUUACCACAAAACAAUUAAGAUUAUUUAUGGUAUGUACUUUUAAAAAUGAACAUUAAUAAAUUAUAUUAUUUAAGUUAAUAUUUUAAGAAAAUUAUAUUAGGAGAAACUUUGUACAAUAUAUAUUAUAAUUAGUAUUAUUAUGCAUCUAUGAUGUUUAUUUAUGUAUAUUUAUUUUGUUUUAUUUUUGAAACAAGAAAAUAUUUUGAUAAAUAAAGAUAU